AUGGCCGUAGACGAACUGCCAUCCGUCGUCAUCCCCGGCAACAUCCUCGGCCCUGCGUCGAAAUACAUCUCCGGCCCCGGGACGCAUGUCCACCAAGGCAAUCUUGUUUCCUCGCUCCUCGGCAGGGUCAAUGUGGCGCAACCUGCAAAGGCCCUCGGGCCCGCGAAACGGCUCAACAAAAUCACCGCUCCUGUCCCAGAGGAACUGCCCACCGUUUCCGUCUCAAGACGCGGCCGCGACCGCGAGAUCCUGCCCGACGUGAACCACGUCGUCCUGGCCCGCGUUGUGCGCCUCAUGCCCAAGCAGGCCAUUGUCGUCAUUCACCAGGUGGGGGAUAGCGUUCUGCAGACCGAGUGGCAGGGCGUCAUCCGCGUGCAAGACGUACGUGCCACCGAGAAGGACAAGGUUAAGAUAUAUGAGUCCUUUAAGCCGGGAGACAUUGUCAGGGCACAAGUGAUCUCGCUGGGAGACCAGGCGAACUACUAUCUCUCGACCGCCGCCAACGAGCUGGGUGUCAUUAUGGCCACGAGCGAGGCUGGCAACGACAUGGUGCCUGUGAGCUGGAAGGAGUACAAGGAUCCCGAGACGGGUCUGAGCGAGUCAAGAAAGGUGGCGAAGCCCAGCUAA